AAUUAGGUGCGUGGGUGCUAAUCGUAGGUGGAGGGGUGUGAUAAACACAGGCGCGUGUGAUGUCUGCAAUGGCAAUGUGUGGUGUGUAUAAUAAGUAGCGAAAGUUGUGUUCAUUAGAAACAUUUCCCAGAGUUGAUACCAUGGAGAUGUGCAGUGCUCCGUUGUACAAAUGUAUACGUACCUAAACAGGAAUAACUCGUGUAUUGUGUGAAAUAUUGGGUGCCGUAUAAUAGUUUUUUUGCAAAACCCACUUCCAUACAACGAGCAUCUGUCACUUCGAUAGACUCUGCAUACUCCGUUCUACUUGUACGAAUUCGCCCCUAGCUAGUUGUCCACCAGUUGGUGAUGACGUUCAAUAGUGGAAUGUACUCGUACAGAUAAGCAUUAUUUCAUGACAGCAUUUUAAUACUAACAGAAAAACGAGCAAUGCUAAAACGUUAUACACCUCCUUGCAUUAUAUUACUGUGUUGAUAUACAGAUGCGUGUUUUAUUGUUUUCAUCGCUCCAGUGUAUCUUGUAGUACGUACCAGACUUGGGUUUGUUCGAUUUGUUACGGAUAAUCCCGAUCAGCCAAGUUGCCCGACUAUUUUGCAAGGGAGGUCCCGUGGUGCUGGAGCACAGCAAACACAAAGACGGCAUCGACGUUGCAGACAACGAGCACAGGAUCUUUAAUUGGCUAAUGUCUUGCACAACUAACAACACUGAGAUUGCAACGGUCGUAAACCAAGGUAAAUACAAGCUUGCUGAUACGUACUUCAAAUCAGAUCAAUGCACUAUGUAGCUGAUAGGAGCGAACUUUAACAAGUUUCUAUGUGUGAAUUCACGUGGCAGCAGUCACAAUGUGAUGGGGGUUGGGGCAUCAGCGUGAGAUGCCCUCUGGGAUGACGCAAGGGCUACUCGGUUGCCGGGGAACGACCGUGUAAACAGGAGUCGGGUGUUUAUAUAUAUAUUUUUUAAAUCAUAUACAUUCGACGCUCACGGUUGUGUUUUAUUGUUGUUCGUAGUUGCUAUUGUUGAGUAAACACCACGGGAUUGUUGGCUGUCGAGUCUCCGUGGGAUGCGAGAGAGACCGGCAGAGAUGUUUGGCCCACAAUGUGAGCGAACUGAUUAAAGGGAUUGCAGACGCGUGGCGAGUUUGUUUGGGAUCGAGGCGGCGUGAUGGAGCAGGUGAAGAAGCCCCCAAUGUGUGCUCCUGGACGCUGGUGCUGGAGGGAUGAGACAAAAUCCCUGGAGUUCGUGAGUGCUUUCGCAUCACCAGACGGGAAAGAGAGGAAGAAGAGGCACAAGGGGCUUCUGCUGCGAGAGGUUGGGGCGAAGCACAGCGACAGAGCAUCGACGGAUGAAGGAAGUGUGAGCAGCUCUACUGGGUGGCGCCCUGGUGGUGGCUUCCUGCAGCCCGCGUCCCAGCACGAGUCUGACACUGUCACAGUGCACCAUGUGAAACAUGUUGCACUCAGCACUUUGGAAGAAACUAUUGAAGCUCAGUUGUCACCUUCGUUUGUGGAUAUGAUAAUGACCCAGCAGUUUGAUGAUUUUUUGAAAUCUCUUCUAAGCUACAUGUCAUGUUUCUUUGUCAAAAUUGCACUUGAAAAAAGACCAAAACCCCUGAUGGCGGAGCCAAGUGCGUCGGAGCAGCGCGAGCUGGCGGAGGUGCUGGGGGCUGUUGAGCGGGCUCACCAACACGUGGCGUGCACCUACUGCGUGCUGCUGCUGGGCAUCGGCCUGCAGCGACACCACCACAUGGCCUGUGGCUCGAAAAAGACUUCUUCAACACAUCGUGACAGAAACAUGUAUGAGUACCUGUACGAGCUGUGUAUCUUGGCAUCCUGGGUGACCUUUCGACGGCAAGACCUAGAACUCAUUGAGCAGGAGCUGAGCCGGCUGCUUCGCUCAGAUGCCUUCAACUUAGCCCCGAGGGCACGUGAGGAUGACCUGGAGGAGGAAGAGGAAUUUUGCAAUGCAGGGCCUGAGCGCCGGAGAAGAAUUACACAGGCAGAAUUCAGAAAAAUGUACCCGAAACGUCCGGCCAUAAUGAGCGUUGUAACCCAGCGAUCUCCCGCAUUGGUCUCUCUCCUACCGACACCCAAAGAGGAGUCCCUCUACCUAUUCAAGCCACUCUGCUUGCCUGUCCAUACCUCUACACUCCCUGCAACAGCUCCAGUGAUCAGCACAAAACCAUCUGCAGAGGAAUGUCCAGAAAUUAAGGUGGGCAUCAUUGGAGAACCACUAAGCCUGUUUGUUGUGAACACGCUGAUGCCACUGGAGCCAGAGCAGGAGUGGGGAAAGGAGGAGGAGCUGGAGAUGGUGCCUAAGGAAACUGCAGGAUCCAGUGCAGGGGAUUUAGAUCUAGCUUGAACUGUCAGCACCAUAAUUUAGGCAUUUGGGCAUCAUCCUUGUCACAAACAUAUUUUGCAUACAGUUGGACAAUUUGACUCCUACACCACCAAGUGAUGCCUGUGGGUUUAAGAAGGCACAAUGACUGCUGAAAGCUUUGCAUUAAAAUGACCUGUGAUUUAAUUAUUUACAAUUGUAUUUUAAGCAAUAGAUUAUAUAACAAAUUCCAGAUUUAGAUUAUAUAACAAAUUCCAGAUUUUUUUUAAUUAUUGCCCAGAGGUUAUUGCAUAAUACAUGUUCCCAAAGGUCACUCCCCUAAUACUCUUAUAUAAGCGCACAACUUUAUCUGUGAUGAACGCUGCACUUUCCGUCGUUAUCAUGCAGGGGGCGCUGCAAACCUACGCACCCCCUGCAUGAACGACGG